AUGAGAGGUGCAGAGUCGCAGGCGAGUGCAACCAAGGACUUUCAGAAGAGCCAGCGUCCAAAUCGAGUUCUUGCCCGCUCGGGUUUUCACGACCAGCAAGGCACACAGUAUCCUGAUAAUACAAACACAUUCAAUCGUCCGCCAAGAAUCUACCCGAACCCUCACAACAAUUCAAUCAGUUUCCCUGGCGAGGCAGGUUUACUUCAACAAAAUGAGGUGCACGCUCCUCUGGGAACCACUUUCCACCACUCUGGGAACCUCAACCAUCCCUUUCAAGGAGGAUACGCGACCCCUCAACAUAGCUUCGGGGGUCCGAAUGGUUUAGGUAACCGUCAUCCAAACGUACAGCAACCACCCAUGCCCCAAAAAGGGCUUACGCCCAACCGUGGUAGAAACAACAGUACCUCUUCCCGCUUGGACCGAUUCGAGAACAACGACAACCGGUGGUCGCAUCAGAACCAAGAGAACGUCAACAGUACAAACCCUGGACUUAAUCGGGGAGGUUAUCAGCGUGGUGGGGGACGCAAAAAUCGUCGUGGUGGCCAUAACUCGCGAAAUGCAACUGCUCCAGUGAUGCAACCUCACAUUGGCCCUGAGUUUGUUCAAAAGAAGCGCGAUGGGACGCCAUGGAGAGAUCAAUGGCGCCGAGGUGGCUCAGAUCUGACUCAGGUGACGUGUGAAAAUGUCCAGAAUGGGUUGACAAUCAAGGACUAUGUUCAUUGCUCGUGCCAGAUGUGUGAGGCACGCAACCGCUCUGUGCACGUCAUCGCUGAGGCAUAUCAAGACAUCCCGCAGGCCGAUAUGCUUACACGAAUCAAGUUUGGUCUAAGUGAGCGAUAUGGGUUUGUGGAGGAGGUAUAUCCCUUGCCAUCCAAGGAGCCAGGACGAUUUAUAGCACGGUUUGCCGACUCGUCUUCUGUUGGCGAAGCCCUGACAAUGGGCGGCGGAAACAUGCCCGAGCAAGGGAUACAUGUCAUCUUCUCUCCUGCCUUGCGCUCGAAAUGGACACUUUCUGCUCAGGCGCCAACUCGAGUAUUAGCAAGUCAAUCGGUGAAGCAACACUCUUCAACUACACAGUUCUCUCCCUAUCCCUUUGGCCUUUCGGUACCCACCAACGCUCUGGGUAUCUCUACAGCUACUACUAUGGUGCCUGGAAUGAUCUAUCCGCCAUUGGCCAACCCAGUGCAAACGUAUAAUCCCCAGAACUGGCCCAAGAUUGGGGGGCAUCGUACUCUCUCGGGAUUCGUGCAGCCUCCUAAGUUUGAACAUCCACCUGCCACCAGAUAUCGUAUGACAAAUGCACAACAUCCUGGUCCUGGAAAACCAACUCUUGGCUUCGCCCAGUUUCCGGCUCCUGCCACCGUGGAAAUGGAGAAGAACAUCACGCUUCUGGAUGAGCCACUGCAGACAAAGCCUCCCGCAGAGGAAGCCUUGGAUGACAUCCAUCAACUUAGCCAAUGUACUUCUGACAGCCCAGGAAGUGACGGAAGCAAAUGUACCGGACGCAAGGCUCGAGUAUCUUUGCCUAAUACCCCCACUAAAUCACCCCAUGGACGCCAUGAAGGAUCCAUCACGACAGCAAACUACCCGAUUCCCAAGAGGGAUACUUCUAUGGGAGAGGAUGGUACUGCUAAUCUUGAUAGUAAUCUUGAGAAUAGACUUGAGAGUAGGGAGGGGGCGAGCACCGCACCUCGCCCUCAAGCUGUAUCGGCGUCUGGAGUAGUGAGCAAAGAGGGCACUCACCAUCGUGCACCUAGCGCCUUUACCGAGCAUGAAAUCAAAGAGAGACGACAAGCAUGGGCCAAAAUCUCGAUGCCGCUCAAUCUUCGCAGGCCCAAGUCUUCCACACCAACGAAGUCGAACAAUGGCAACACCAAGGAUGAAAACUUGAAAGUUCCUAACCCCGACAAGCACGAAGCUAACGUUGCUGGGUCCGAAAGGUCAACCACUCCAACUCAGAAUGUGACCUUUACCCCAGAUACAGGUAGUGUAUACGAGCCGUCUCCCGAAAAGCCCGAGAAUAAAGCCUCUCCCCAGCAAGCACGAAGUUCACCUUCAGACACUCGUUUGAUUGCACCAGCAGCAGAGCAGGUGAUGUCUCCAGACAAGACGCAUCAACACGAGAACGAAGCAACUGAGGCUAUUGUAGAGUCUUCUCUGACUGGAAGCCCCGCUCACAAGGAUGGACAGCCAAACCAGACAGAAGUGCCUGAGCAUCAUGGGCAAGACAUUUCUCUUCACGUAUCCCAUUCAGCAAGCCAUCUGGAAGACGCAUCAGGUACCCAAAGAAAGGGCAGGUUUGUCAAGAACAAUAGGUCAAAGAAGAAGAAGGCAAAACAGAACUUGAUAUCUCAGAGCAAUGCAUCGGAUUACAAUAUCCAUCAGCAGACACAACCUUCCUCAUCCGCGCCUCGCACUGAACACAUGGUCCCUCGAAUCUCGCAGCUUGAUGGAUCAGAGAAAACAUUGAGCUCAGCGCCCACAAACCAAUAUGAGAGUCAAGAGCCUGGCUUAUCUUCGCCCAUAAAGAGACAUCAUGAAGAUAUCGAGCUGCGUUCUGCUUCUGGCUCUUUCAAACGAAGCAAGAAGGAUGAAAGCAUCCACGUGCCUGCUUCGGGUCAUUCACAAAUACAGCAGAACUCAUUUGACGAAUCUGAUUCACCUGAUGAAGACGCACGUGGUCGCAAAGGUUUUAGAGUGGGCAGGGGAGGUUCUCUUCGCAUGUCCAAGCAGCGCCGACCUCGUGCGAUUAUGCCCGGGUCAGUACUUGCCCAGCAACACUUUGAGGCUGACACGCCACCUCCUUCAUCUGAUUUCGCUUUCCAAUGCAAAAGUCACACUGUCUCCAGCUCACCAGUGGUUCGUGGAGCUGAUAAUGGUGCAACAAGCCGCCUCAACCCCCAGGCCCAGGAAUUUGUCUCCCCAUCUAGACCAGCCGGCUUCAACAAGCAGUUGGCUGUCGAACCCAGUGAUACCGAAACUUCCGGAAGUUGCACACUGGAUGGCUCAGCUACUCACACUCCCAAACAAGAAAAGUCGUCCAAGACUGGACUUCGCAACACGAAAACCUCUAUACGCGAUGAUUUUGUCAUAUCGACAGUGACUGAUACGACCCCAAAACAUCGUCGGGCUCUUUCGGAGGUGGUGCAGAAGGACAGCCUUAAGAAGGGUAAAGGGCAGGGAAGCCAAAAAGAGGUGAAGAAGACUCCAUCCAAGAACUCGAAGCGAGGCAAAGGCAAGGAAAGAGCUGUGACUAUAAGCGCAAAGCCUGAGAAGAUUGAAACCAAGAGCCAGAUGACUCAGGACACACCUCGAACUCCCGAGCACCAAGAAACCAAGGGCAAGAAACCUGGACUGAUCAAUGAUGACUGGCCAACACUUCCAGCAUCUCGUGAUCGCGCGCAGUCAAAGCCGCGAACACCAUCAAUCUGGGGUGCCAAGACGAAGACGACGGGAGACGAUGGUGGUGUUGGACAAGGCUCACCUGUGACAAAGUAA